AUGAACAUGGAUAGGGAGUUGGUACGGAAGGAGGAGCAUAUCAUUCAUUCAAACUCAGACGUUAACCUUACUACUGGUUUGAAAUCCCUUGAUAACGACGAUGCGGCUGCAAAAUCCAACGCCACCGUGAAUAGCGAAAUAGAAAAUAACGAGAAAAGUUCGUCACGCGAACAUGAUCAGUCCCAUUUGAUAUAUGGAACUUCUGAUGAUUCAGAGGAAGAUUUUAAAUAUGAAGAAGCACCACUCUGGCGAAAGCUCAUGUACGAUUUUUUUCUCUGGAUAUUCACAAAGGUAUUCGACUGUUUUUUUAGGGAGAUAAGGACGAGAGAUGGCUAUAAAGUUCCAUCUGAAGGUCCUAUUAUAUUCGUUGCGGCCCCUCAUGCGAAUCAAUUUGUUGAUCCUGUUAUCCUAAUGUGCCAAGUGAAGAAGAUUGCCAAUAGGAGGAUUUCCUUUUUGAUAGCGGCAAAAUCGCUGAAGGCCUUUGCUGUAGGUACACUUGCAAGAUGUGCAAUGGCAAUCGGUGUUGCACGCGCUCAGGAUAAUUUGAGACCAGCCGCGGGACGGAUCAAGUUGCAUCCUGAUGACCCACGGCGCAUUAUCGGUAUUGGUACUGAAUUCACGAAAUACCAGGAAAAAGGCUUGAUAGGGUUGCCUAAGUCUCUGGGAAAUAUUGAUAUUGAAACGAUUAUAUCUGAUACUGAGUUGAUUCUACGCAAGGAAUUUAAGAUGCAGAAGCCAGAAGUGCGUAAUAUAUUGACGAAGGGGACGCCAUUCAAGUACGCUCCAAAGGUGAACCAAUCGCAAGUAUAUCACAGAGUUUUUGAACAUUUGGCACACGGUCAGUGUAUUGGAAUUUUUCCUGAAGGUGGCUCCCAUGAUAGGACAGAUUUAUUACCUCUAAAGGCUGGAGUAGCGAUCAUGGCCUUGGGUUGUAUGAGCAAGCAUCCGGACGUUAGUGUGAAAAUAGUUCCUUGUGGCAUGAACUAUUUCCAUCCACAUCGGUUUAGAUCGCGGGCAGUAGUUGAAUUUGGAGAUCCUAUUGAAGUCUCACCAGAUUUGGUGGCCAAGUACUCAAACGCUGAAACUAAUAAACAGGCCGUGAAAGAGUUACUAGACACGAUAACGGAGGGGUUGAAGGCUGUUACCUUAACAUGUUCUGAUUACGAAACGUUGAUGCUUAUCCAAGCUGCUCGGAGGUUAUAUGCAGGGCAGUUAUCAUCUAAGUUGCCUCUUCCGCUAGUUGUUGAAAUGAAUAGACGGUUAGUACGCGGUUAUGAGGAGUUUAAGGAUGAUCCACAAGUCAUGAAAUUGCGGGAAAACGUAUUAAAAUAUAAUGAGCACCUUGCACAAUAUAAUAUUCCAGAUCAUCAAGUUGAACACGCCCGCCUGAACUUCUACAGAAACCUGCAGCUACUGUUAUCCAGGUCUAUUAGGUUAUUGUUUACCUUUUUGUUAGCUUUGCCCGGUGUCAUUAUGUUCUCACCGGUCUUUCUCAUCGCGAAGCGUAUUUCCAAAAAGAAAGCUCAGCAAGCAUUGGCUGCUUCCACUGUUAAAAUCAAGGCCAACGAUGUCAUUGCGACUUGGAAAAUAUUAAUGGGUAUCGUUGUGGCCCCCAUGUUAUAUAUAUUCUGGUCUAUUCUAAUUGUUUGGUACUUCCGUGACACCUACACUAAGGGUAACUAUUUCCUAAGCUUUAUUAUUGCCUAUAUUUGCUCUGCAGCUGUUACUUAUUCCGCCUUGAGCAUUGGUGAUAUUGGUAUGGAUAUUUUUAAAUCCCUGCGACCAUUGUAUUUGUCUAUAACCACCCCAAAGGGCCUUCAAACUUUGAAGGAGGAGCGCCAGGUUUUGGCAGCAGAAAUAACGGAGAUUGUGAACACUAUUGGCCCUAAGCUAUUCCCAGAUUUCGAUGGUGAGUCAUUACGAAAGAAGUACCAGUCUACUGGAGUUUCCUUAGAAGAUGAAGAAGAUAGAAAGACUCAAGAAUUGAAGAGACGGAAGAUGUUGAAGAAGAAACGUGCAUACUCUUCAUAUGUUGAAGUUAGUCCAGUUCCAACCAACACAGAAUACGAGGAACGUGUUGCCAGCGAUGACGAUAGUGACGCAGUUUCGAUGGUCAACAGUGAUAAUUCCUUAUCAUUUAUUCCAAUAUUUUCCAGUGUGCAUAGAACUGAUUCUAUGUCAAGUUUAAGCUCGAUGUCGUCCGAGUAUGAUGUAGAAGAGAGUUUAACAAAGCAUGAUGGGCUUAGCGGAAUAGUUUUGGAUGCCGUUAGGAAAAACAGGAAGUAG